GGCAACCUGCAUUACUGUUAAUCUUGUUCGCGAAGAGGACGGUGUCGUUUGUUUCUAAACAAUUGAUAUUGCAACUCCACGAUAUAGCGCAAUUACUCGUCCUCAUAUCCAUUCUCGCCUUUUACUUCCCUCAUCGUUACGGCCAGCAUGCCAUCUAUCCGCGGCCUAAGCUUCCUUCCGGCGCGUUCCUAUCUCGUCCGCCUGCCCCUUUUCACAAGAGCUAUUAUUCUCAUAAUAGCGCUGGUAUGGACUCUCAGUAUACCCAAGCUUUGGGAUCUUCAAGCAUGGGGCGCAUUGAUACCAGAUAAGGUGUCGUUGUUUUCUGCCCACCGCCUAACUACAUUCCCUCUGGUACAUGCGAAUUUCAUCCAUGCAGCUAUGAAUAUCAUUGCUCUUACCCCUUUGAUGGAGCGAUUCGAAAGUGAAUAUGGAACAUUGACUGCACUGGCACUUUUCUUCGGACCCUUGACAACAGUACCCGCCGUUCUGUAUAUCAUCAUAGAGCGAGUAAUCUUGCGAGCAAACACCGCCGUCUUGGGUGCUAGCAUCUGGGUAUUUCUACUUCUAGGGAUGGAAGCGAUCCGAACAUACCGAACGAACCCCCACAUUGUUAUUGCGACGCACCAGAUUCCGACUUGGACGACACCUCUUGUCUUGAUCAUCGUUGUUUGGGCCCUGGUCCCUAAUACGAGUUUGCUUGGCCAUCUCUGCGGCGUUCUCAUCGGCUAUAUUGCUGGACUCGGAUACGUCAAGUACAUUGCACCGCCAGAAUGGGCACUUCGGUGGAUUGAAGGGCGCCUCAACCUUCUUGCCAUUCUCCCACACUAUGUCAGCAUCGAUCAGAAAACAUAUGGACGAUUUGGAGUCUUACCCACUACAAAUCGACCCAGCGGCAGCGCUGCAACUGAGUUGGUUGGCAGUACGCAACGUCUUGGCCCAUGAGCCCUUUAAUCAUAGAUCUUGGAUGGCGUUUUAUCGUAAGAGUUUUCACUCUUUUCAUGCAUUAUACAAACAGAUCGGCACGGCCUGUACGUUUAUUCUAACGCAUCUAUAUAAUGACGGUGUUGCACGGUACUCUGGCGUUAAGUGGGAACAAAAUGUGGCAUAUAGAUUUGCUAGCUGUAGAAACUAAUACCUGUAUUUAACAAGCGCAUUGUAACUUCUACGCCCUUUCCUAGAACGCAGUUGUUUCAACAUGCAGCCAUUCUAAAUAUGCGACUCGUGGAUACUGCUACGAACUGUGGCUAUCAGAGAACCGACCC